GCUUAUGAUUGUUAGUCAUGGGGAAGAACUGUACGCAGUAGUUCUCUGCUUAGCAGGUUUGAUGUAUCUUUAUUUACGAAAGUAAAUAUGGCCAACAUCACGAAGAAAGUGUCCUGGUCGAGCCGAGGCGAUGACCGCGGAGAGAGAACACCGCUGCUGAACGGAGCCGAGGAUAGCAAACUCAACAGACAGUUAUCCGGGGGAGGUAUAUUUCAUAUAGGCAGGCUGAGCACUGUGGACCUUGAGGAGGAAAUCACACCAGAAGAGGACAUUAUAAGAAGUCGACCGAAGGAAAUCCCUCACAACGAAAAGCUGCUGUCUCUGAAAUAUGAGAGUCUUGACUAUGAUAACAGUGAGAAUCAGUUGUUUCUGGAGGAGGAGAGACGGAUGAGUCAAAUGGGCUUUAGAUGCCUGGAGAUCACACGAUGGGUGAUCUGCGGUUUGAUUGGUUUACUCACCGGUCUCAUCGCAUGCUUGAUAGACAUUGCUGUGGAGAACCUUGCAGGACUUAAGUACUUUGCAGUCAAACUGAAUAUUGAGAAAUUCACAGAGCUCGGUGGCCUGUCCCUCUCUCUCAUACUGUGGGCAGUGCUGAACUCUGCUUUCGUGAUGGUUGGUGCAAUCAUUGUUGCUUUUUUUGAGCCCAUUGCUGCAGGAAGUGGAAUCCCUCAAAUAAAAUGCUAUCUGAAUGGAGUAAAGGUUCCUCGUGUUGUUCGGCUUAAGACUCUGGUGGUAAAGGUCUUUGGAGUGAUCUGCUCAGUGGCUGGAGGUCUUGCUGUUGGAAAGGAAGGGCCUAUGAUUCACUCAGGAGCAGUGGUGGCUGCGGGAGUUUCUCAAGGCAGGAGCACGUCACUGAAAAAAGAUUUUAAGAUGUUCGAGUAUUUCCGCAGGGACACGGAGAAGAGAGACUUUGUGUCGGCAGGAGCAGCGGCUGGAGUCUCUGCUGCCUUUGGGGCUCCUGUUGGUGGGGUUUUGUUCAGUUUAGAGGAAGGAGCAUCUUUCUGGAACCAGUUGUUGACAUGGAGAAUUUUUUUCGCUUCAAUGGUCUCUUCCUUCACUCUGAACUUUUUCCUGAGCAUUUACCAUCAGAAGCCUGGAGAACUGUCCAGUCCUGGUCUCAUUAACUUUGGCCGCUUUGACAGUGAUAGUGUGCAGUAUAAUUUAUAUGAAAUUCCUCUCUUCAUCAUCAUGGGAGCUUUAGGAGGGAUGCUUGGAGCAUUAUUUAAUGUCCUCAAUUAUUGGCUAACGAUUUUCAGAAUAAGGUACAUCCACCGACCGUGCCUGCAGGUGAUGGAGGCGAUGCUGGUUGCUGCUGUCACUGCUACGGUUUCCUUUGCUAUGAUCUAUUUCUCCACCGAAUGCCAGCCUUUGGGACCGGACCACACUGAAGAAUAUCCUCUACAGCUCUUCUGCGCUGAUGGUGAAUAUAACGCCAUGGCCACGGCUUUCUUCAACACACCCGAGCGGAGCGUCAGGAGCCUCUUCCACAACCCUCCAGGAACGUACAACCCAAUGACUUUGGGUGUCUUUACCCUGGCGUAUUUCCUCCUGGCGGUCUGGACGUAUGGUUUGACCGUGUCCGCAGGAGUCUUCAUCCCAUCUCUGCUUAUCGGUGCAGCCUGGGGUCGACUCUUUGGGAUACUUUUGUCAUUCAUCACUACCAGUAAAUCAAUUUGGGCAGACCCUGGGAAAUAUGCUUUGAUCGGGGCUGCAGCCCAACUUGGUGGCAUUGUCCGAAUGACCCUCAGUCUCACAGUUAUUCUGGUAGAAGCCACUGGGAAUGUGACCUAUGGCUUUCCCAUCAUGCUUGUGCUAAUGACUGCCAAGAUUGUUGGGGAUUAUUUUGUAGAGGGCCUGUAUGACAUCCAUAUUAAGCUGCAGAGUGUUCCUUUCCUCCACUGGGAGGCUCCUCCUACGUCUCAUUGGCUGACGGCCAGAGAGGUCAUGAGUUCUCAAGUCACCUGCUUCAACAGAAUAGAGAAGGUCGGAACCAUUGUAGAUGUCCUCAGCAACACUUCCACCAAUCACAAUGGCUUCCCAGUGGUCACCCAUGUUACUGAGAUUGACGAGCCAAGCAAACUCUGUGGGCUUGUUCUCCGCUCUCAGCUCAUUGUCCUUCUCAAACAUAAGGUGUUUGUGGAGAGAGCAUCUUCACGUUUCAGCCAAAGGAAGCUACAGCUGAAGGACUUCAGAGACGCGUAUCCACGUUUCCCUCCUAUUCAGUCCAUCCACGUCUCUCAGGAUGAGAGGGAGUGUAUGAUGGACCUGACCGAGUUCAUGAACCCAACGCCAUACACUGUUCCUCAGGAGACUUCCCUCCCCCGUGUGUUUAAAUUGUUUCGGGCUCUAGGACUCCGACAUCUGGUGGUGGUUGAUAAUGAGAACAGGGUUGUGGGUCUAGUAACCAGGAAGGACCUUGCACGAUACCACCUGGGUAAAGACGGCCUGGAGGAGCUUCAGCUGGCACAGACAUGAUCAGUCUUCAUGUUCACCUUCACCAGCCUUCAGAGCACCAGCUUUACACCGUAAGAACUCAGGGCUGGUUAGAGUCAAAGAUGCCAAACACAAACCUGCAACAUGCACAAGUGUUCCAACAUUCAGUAUUAAGGGCUCGAUUAUUUAAAAAACACACACACACACACAUUUAUCACAAUCUAAGUCUUUAUGCAUUCAUUUUUGCUUGUAGAAAUACAGCAGAGUGAGCACAUUAUGCUAGUAUGAGAUGUUAGUUUUGCACUAUGUGACUGUUUAUUUAUUACAUUUCAGAUAUUUUAGUGUCGAUGAUCUUUUUGGGAGCCCUCUGUUUUCAUGCCUAUCCAAAAAGCAUUAUGUCUUUGGUUUAUUACAUGGCUAGCAAGGCUAGUUACCACUAGUUUUCAUGCCUAUUGCAAAGUAUAUUGACAUAAAAAUGUGUCGGUAUGCAUUGCAUUUUCCACAUUGUUUGGUAUAUUUUUGUGUUUACAACAUUUCCUGCACAAUUUUAAUGAUCGACACUUGUGUUGAAUUGUGGUGUUUAAAAAUAUUCAUCAUCAGUGUGCAGUUUGCUGAUAUGGAAUACAAUGCAAUCUACAUUCGUAGCGUCAAAGCAUGGGUUUCAAACUGAAUUUCUGGAGUGACGCAGCUCUGCAGUUUUGCUCCAAUCCUAAUAAAACACAAUCAAGGUGUUCGAGACUCUUUUAAACAACUUGAUCAUUUUGAUUAGCUGUGUUUGAUUAGGGUUGGAGCAAAACCUUGCAGAGCUGUGGCCCUCCAGGAAUUGAGUUUGAGAUCCAUGCAUUAAAGGGACAAUUCACCCCCAAAAAUUCAAAGAAAAAAAAAAGGGUGCACUGUCCCUUUAAGAAGCCUAUUGGUGAUACCUUUAUGUGCACUUAAAACAGACUACUACAUAUUAUAUUGUUACAAACAUGCAAAAAUGGUUCCUUUUUUUGUUUAUCUAGUGUUGUUUAGGAUUUUUUAAAUGUUUGUGUCUAGAUUUAUCAAUUUAAUUGCUAUCAAAAAUAAUUGAGGGUAGAUCAGGCCCUAAAACGAAAGGCAUCAAUUCUAUUUGUCUCAUGCUUCUUGGCAUUUGCAAGGUUUUUGGUACGAGUUUGGAAAAAAGCCAGCGGUUUUAUGUAGAGUUUGUCUCUACAGAAUGUGAAUUUUUGCCAUGAGCUGCAUUUGUUUUCUGUGAAAAUCUGUACUUUAAAAUGAAAAAAAAAUCACAGUAUUAAAAAAAUGAAGUAUGAUUAUGCUUAAACGAUUGCCAAGCACUGAUCAAAUGAAACAUCUUUAAAUGAAGCGUGUAAACAUUGUCCGGUUUAGUCUGCUAAGAAGUCUUGUAUAAAGCCAAUUUGUUGUUUUUAUUGAUCAAUGGUCUUUCUCUCUGCUGAUCUCUGCUUUUUAUAUGGCUGCUGAUUUGAAGUUAAAAAAUGAUUUUAUAACAAUUUAAACAAGUUUGUGAACUAAUAAAGCUAUGAAUGAAUAAA